AUGGACGCCGCGACAACGAGUUCCGCCGUGCCGACAACGAGGAGACUGAGGACAUCGAGGAAUUCCACCGCUCGUGGCUUCGCCGUGACAACGAAUGCGAGCCGCAAGAACAUCCGCGACGAGGAGGAGAACACCUACGAGCCCGAAAACGAGAUCGUGAUGGUUGAGCGUGAGGGAAAGACUUGCUUCUCGAUGGAGGAACAACCCAAAUGCCAGCCAGGAGAUGAGCUCAUUGAGACCGAGAACCGCAAGGUGAAAUUGGCUUGCCUUCCACGCUCGGAUCGCCGCACUCGCCGCAUGGUGAACGGCCUUAAGCGUGGAGAGGAGUCGAUCAUGGAGGAGAUCCGUUCCCUUCCAAUGUCUCUCACCGAUCGCAUCGAGUUGCCCAAACUUUGCCGUGUCUAC